GUUAUAGUCAAUAUUUUGUACUUAUUAGAAGAAGUCUACACGUACUUCUAAAUAUAAAUUUGGGCAGUUUUUAAAUUAAAAUUUUGCCAUGAGUCCGGGACCAAGAAAUCGAGAUCCAAUAUACUGUUUUAGAUCGCCUCUAGAGGAAGAACCUGUACUUCCCAAUAGACCUGCUAAAUGUCCAUGGACCAAGGAUCUUCAUAAAUUUGAACAAUCUCCACAUGGUGAAUGGGCCUGGAAACCUUCUGACGGAAAAAUUCUUCCCAGUAUACUCAAAGCUGUAGGAAAUACACCUUUGGUAAAACUAAAUAAAAUUCCAAAAGCUGAGAAUAUAGAGUGCGAAAUAUAUGGCAAAUGUGAAUUUAUGAACCCAACUGGAUCAAUUAAAGAACGUAUGGUUCUUCGAUGUAUUGACGAUGCGGAAAAAUGUGGCACCCUUAAACCUGGUAUGACGAUCAUUGAAACAACUUCUGGUAAUACCGGAAUUGCAUUGGCUUGGAUAUGUGCUGUUAAAGGUUACAAAUGCAUUAUCGUAUUAUCAGAUAAGUCUUCAAAGGAGAAAGAAGAUAUCAUAAAAGCAUUUGGUGCAACAGUCGAAAGAUAUCCACUGGGCGAAGACCCUCUUAGUGAAAAUGGAAAGUACGGAAAAUCCCACUAUCUUCAUAAACAAACGCCAAAUUCCAUUAUUCUAGAUCAAUUUUCUAAUCCAUCCAAUGCGGUAGCCCAUUAUGACAAUACAGCUGAAGAGAUAUAUUACCAGUGUGAUGGACAAGUUGAUAUGAUCAUUACUGCAGCUGGAUCAGGAGGAACUACGACUGGUAUAGGCAGAAAGUUUAAAGAAAUUUCUCCCAAUACAAUAAUAAUAGGUGCUGAUCCUUAUAGCUCAUUAUUUGCUGAACCACCCGAAAUUAAUAAAACAGAUGUGAAGUUUUCUGAAGUUGAAGGUAUAGGAGAUAAGAUUAUUCCUACAAUAUGUGAUCGACAUAACAUAGAUAAAUGGUUCAAAUUAUAUGACAACGAAUCUCUGAACAUGGCUAGAAGAUUAAUAAAGGAAGAAGGAUUAUUAGUUGGAUCAAGCAGUGGCACAAUGAUGGCAGCUGCUUUAAAGGCAAUUAAAUAUUUUAACUUGGGAAAGGGAAAGAAAGUGGUAGUUUUGUUUCCAGACGGUACCACAAAUUAUUUAACUAAAUUUAUUGUUGAUCAAUGGAUGGAACAAAGAAAUUUAAUAGAUGCUAAAAAUACUCAUAAUUAUUGGUGGUGGGAUAUUAACAUUAUGCAGUUGGCCUUUAAACCAUGUCAAAAUGUAGACCAUUCAACAUCUCCGAAAGAGGUUUUAGCUCUCAUGGAUAAACUUAAGGUGGAUUAUUUACCUGUUUUAAAAAAUGGAAAGAAAAAAAGAGUCAUAGAUGGAGUGGCUACAAGAACAAACAUCCUUAAUCGUCUCAUAGCGAACAACUCACCGAAUGACGAAGUUAAGAAUUGCCUAGUACGGAUGUUUUCUAAAUUACCCAAAGAAAGUUCUCUUGGACUUGCGUCAAGAGUUUUAGAAAUUGAAUCUUAUGUCGUAAUCAUGGAUAAAGUUGAGGAUGUUGAUAUAGCACUAGGGGUAGUGACAUCCAACGAUGUUUUUUCUUUUAUAGAAAAUUAUCAACUAUAGUAAUUGAAAAUACCCUUAUCAGGUCAUUAAUGAAUAAAGACCAUUAUGAAUAUAUUUGAAGGUAUUGGAUUCUGGAUUUCUGGACAUUGGUUUUAUUAUUAUAACUACUUAUUGCUCCAUAUAUUGCUUAUACAUUAUACAUAAAUAUGAAUUUUAAUAAAAUGCUUGAAUUUUA